GACACAGAGAGGAAGUGGAGGGGAACCGCUGCUGCUGCUGAGUAACUUCAGCUCUUACACACACACACUCACACACACACUUCGGAGAGAAGAGACACUGAACACACACGUAGAGCCAUCAUGUCUGACGCAGAGCGCUUCCUGUAUGGAGACCGCAGCGCCAUCACCGACCCCCUGGCUCAGGCCGACUGGGCCUCCAAGAAGCUGGUGUGGGUUCCGUCCGAGAAGCUGGGGUACGAGUCGGGCUCGGUGAAGGAGGAGAAGGGGGACGAGUGCGUCGUGGAGCUCACCGACUCCGCCAAGAAGAUCAAAGUGAACAAGGACGACAUCCAGAAGAUGAACCCGCCCAAAUUCAACAAGGUGGAGGACAUGGCCGAGCUCACCUGCCUGAACGAGGCGUCGGUGCUCCACAACCUCAAAGAGAGAUACUACUCCGGCCUCAUCUACACGUACUCGGGGCUGUUCUGUGUGGUCAUCAACCCGUAUAAAAACCUGCCCAUCUACUCGGAGGAGAUCGUCAACAUGUACAAGGGGAAGAAGAGACACGAGAUGCCUCCGCACAUCUACGCCAUCACAGACACUGCGUACCGGAGCAUGAUGCAGGAUCGUGAGGAUCAGUCCAUCCUGUGCACAGGCGAGUCUGGAGCUGGAAAAACUGAAAACACAAAGAAAGUAAUCCAGUAUCUGGCGUACGUCGCCUCGUCCACCAAAACCAAAAAAGACCAAAGCAGCGGCAGCAGUUUUUCACAUGGGGAGCUGGAGAAGCAGCUGCUGCAGGCUAAUCCCAUCCUGGAGGCGUUCGGGAACGCCAAGACCGUGAAAAACGACAACUCGUCCCGCUUCGGGAAGUUCAUCAGGAUUAACUUUGAUGUGAACGGCUACAUCGUCGGAGCGAACAUCGAGACCUACCUGUUGGAGAAGUCGCGUGCUAUCAGACAGGCUAAAGAAGAGCGCGCCUUCCACAUAUUCUACUACCUGCUGUCAGGAGCUGGAGACAAACGCCGCUCGGAGUUGUGCCUGGAGGAUUUUGGGAAGUAUCGCUUCCUGUCCAACGGGAAGGUGACGAUUGCAGGACAGCAGGACAAAGACCUUUACAGUGAGACUAUGGACGCCUUCAGGAUAAUGAGCAUCCCUGAGGACGAGCAGACAGGUAUGCUGAAGGUGGUGUCUGCAGUUCUUCAUUUGGGAAACGUCAUGUUUAAGAAGGAGCGUAACUCCGACCAGGCCUCCAUGCCGGAUGACACAGCUGCACAGAAAGUCUGCCACCUGCUGGGCAUGAACGUGACUGACUUUGUGCGUGCCAUCCUCUCUCCACGGAUCAAAGUGGGCCGUGAUUUCGUGCAGAAAGCGCAGACGCAGGAACAGGCGGAGUUCGCGGUGGAAGCUUUAGCCAAGGCCAUGUAUGAGCGUCUCUUCCGCUGGCUCGUGAUUCGCAUUAAUAAAGCUCUGGACAAAACCAAACGCCAGGGGGCGUCGUUCAUCGGCAUCCUGGACAUCGCCGGCUUCGAGAUCUUCGAGUUAAACUCGUUUGAGCAGCUGUGUAUUAAUUACACUAACGAGAAGCUGCAGCAGCUCUUCAACCACACCAUGUUCAUCCUGGAGCAGGAGGAGUAUCAGCGCGAGGGCAUCGAGUGGAGCUUCAUCGACUUCGGGCUCGACCUGCAGCCCUGCAUCGACCUCAUCGAGAGGCCCGCCGGUCCUCCAGGGAUCCUGGCGCUGCUGGACGAGGAGUGCUGGUUCCCCAAAGCGACAGAUAAGACGUUUGUGGACAAGCUGGUGCAGGAGCAGGGGAACCAUCCCAAAUUCCAGAAACCAAAGAAGCUGAAGGACGACUCGGACUUCUGUAUCAUCCACUAUGCUGGCAAGGUGGACUAUAAGGCAGUGGAGUGGCUGAUGAAGAACAUGGAUCCUCUGAAUGAUAACGUAACGACGAUGCUCAAUCAGUCCUCAGACAAGUUUGUGUCUGAACUCUGGCAGGACGUGGACCGGAUCGUGGGACUGGAUAAAGUUGCAGGAAUGGCGGACUCCGCCCACGGGGCGUUUAAGACCCGUAAGGGAAUGUUCCGGACGGUGGGCCAGCUUUAUAAAGAGCAGCUCUCCAACCUGAUGACCACGCUGAGAAACACCAACCCCAACUUCGUCCGCUGCAUCAUCCCCAACCACGAGAAGAAGGCGGGGAAACUGGAGCCUCACCUGGUCCUGGAUCAGCUGAAGUGUAACGGUGUUUUGGAGGGAAUCAGGAUCUGCAGACAGGGCUUCCCCAACCGCAUCAUCUUCCAGGAGUUCAGACAGAGGUACGAGCUGCUCACUCCCAACGCCAUCCCUAAAGGCUUCAUGGACGGUAAACAGGCGUGUGUGUUGAUGAUUAAAGCUCUGGAGUUGGACCCUAAUCUGUACCGGAUCGGACAGAGCAAAGUGUUUUUCCGCGCCGGGGUCCUGGCUCACCUGGAGGAGGAGCGCGACCUCAAGAUCACUGACGUCAUCCUCAAGUUCCAGGCCUGGUGUCGCGGCUACGUGGCUCGCAAGGCGUUUGCUAAGCGUCAGCAGCAGCUCACGGCAAUGCGAGUGAUCCAGAGGAACUGCGCUGCUUAUCUGAAGCUCAGGAACUGGCAGUGGUGGCGACUCUUCACUAAGGUGAAGCCUCUGCUCCAGGUGACGCGCCAAGCGGAGGAGAUGCUGGCGAAGGAGGAGGAGCUGCAGAUCGUGAAGGAGAAACAGCAGCAGUUUGAACAACAGUUGCACGACUACGAGACCAAACAGCAGCAGUUGAACAUGGAGAAGCAGGCUCUACAGGAGCAGCUGCAGGCGGAGACGGAGCUGUGCGCCGAAGCGGAGGAGAUGAGAUCUCGGCUGGCGGCUCGGCAGCAGGAGCUGGAGGAGAUCCUACAUGACCUGGAGAACCGUGUGGAGGAGGAGGAGGAGCGUGUCACUCAUCUGCAGAAUGAGAGGAAGAAGAUGCAGCAGAACAUCGCGGAUUUGGAGCAGCAGCUGGAUGAGGAGGAAGGGGCACGGCAGAAACUGCAGCUGGAGAAGGUGACCACUGACGCCAAACUGAAGAAGCUGGAGGAGGACAUCAUGGUCCUGGACGACCAGAACACCAAGCUCUCCAAGGAGAAGAAGCAGCUGGAGGAGAGGAUCUCUGAGUUCAGCUCUAACCUGGCUGAAGAAGAGGAGAAAUCUAAGAGUUUACAGAAACUGAAAAACAAACAUGAGGCCAUGAUCACCGACCUGGAGGACCGUCUAAAGAAGGAGGAAAAGACUCGAAUGGAGCUGGAGAAGAACCGGAGGAAGUUGGAGGGCGACACCACCGAGCUGAACGAUCACCUCGCGGAUCUCCAGGCUCAGAUCGCUGAACUCCGGGCACAGCUCGCCAAAAAGGAGGAGGAGUUACAGGCUGCGCUGGCCAGGAUAGAGCAGGAAACGUCCCUGAAAAAUGCAGCGCAGAAGCGCGUGAGGGAGCUGGAGGCCCAGGUGACGGAGCUUCAGGAGGAUCUGGAACUGGAGAGAGCGGCGAGGAGUAAGACGGAGAAACAGAGACGGGACCUGAGCGAGGAGCUGGAGGCGCUGAAGAGCGAGCUGGAGGACACGCUGGACACCACGGCCGCUCAGCAGGAGCUCAGAGCUAAACGGGAGACGGAGGUGGCUCAGUUAAAGAAAACUCUGGAGGAAGAAGCUCAAAGUCACGAGCAGCUCCUGACCGAAAUGCGGCAGAAACACACACAGGCUUUUGAAGAGCUUAAUGAACAGCUGGAACAGUCCAAGAGGACCAAGGCGUCGGUGGAGAAGGCCAAGCAGGCCCUGGAGAGUGAGCGCAGUGAGCUUCAGAUCGAGCUCCAGUCCGUCACUCAGAGCAGAAACGAUUCUGAACACCGCAGGAAGAAGGCCGAGGCUCAGCUGCAGGAGUUCCAGCUCAAACACAGCGAGAGCGAGAAACAGCGCAAGGACAUGGCCGAGAAAAUGAGCAAAAUGCAGGUGGAGCUGGAGAGUUUGAGCAGCACUCUGUCUGAAAUGGAGAGCAAGUCCAUCAAAGCAACUAAAGACUGCUCAUCUGUGGAGUCUCAGCUACAGGACACGCAGGGUCUGCUGCAGGAGGAGACGCGCCAGAAGCUAGCUCUGAACACGCGGCUGCGUCAGCUGGAGGACGAACAGAACCGCCUGAAGGAGCUGCUGGAGGAGGAAGAGGAGGGGAAGAAGAGUGUGGAGAAACAGCUUCACUCCUCUCAGGCACAGUUAGCCGAGAUCAAGAAGAAAAUGGAGCAGGAAGCAGCGAACCAGGAGACUCUGGAGGAAGGGAAGAGGAAGCUGCAGAGAGAGGUGGAGAACCUGAACCAGAGUCUGGAGGAGAAAUGCUCCGCCUACGACAAGCUGGAGAAGACCAAGGUGCGUCUGCAGCGGGAGCUUGACGACCUGCUGGUGGCUCAGGAUCAACUGCGGCAGAUCGUCCAGGAGCUCGAGAGGAAGCAGAAGAAGUUCGACCAGAUGCUGGCGGAGGAGAAGAGCGUUUCAGCUCGUUACAGCGAGGAGCGAGACCGGGCGGAGGCCGAGGCGCGCGAGAAGGAGACCAAGGCUCUGACUCUGGCUCGGGAUCUCGAGGCUCUGCAGGAGCAGCGUAACGAACUGGAGCGAGCCAACAAACUCCUCAAAACGGAGAUGGAGGACCUCGUGUCUUCUAAAGACGACGUCGGCAAGAGCGUCCACGAGCUGGAGCGUGCUAAACGAGCGAUGGAGCAGCAGCUGGAGGAGAUGAAGCUGCAGGUGGAGGAGCUGGAGGACGAGCUGCAGCUGACUGAAGACGCGAAGCUCCGUCUGGAGGUCAACCUGCAGGCCAUGAAGGCUCAGUUCGAGCGAGACCUGCAGGGACGAGACGAGCUCGGAGAGGAGAAGAGGAAACAGCUGAUGAAACAGGCACGUGAGAUGGAGGCGGAGCUUGAGGACGAGAGGAAGCAGAGAGCUGUUGCCGUAGCAGCGAAGAAGAAGCUGGAGCUCGACCUGUCUGACCUGGAGGCUCAGAUCGACCAGGCCAAUAAGGCUCGCGAUGAAGCGCUCAGACAGCUGAAGAAACUACAGGCUCAGGUAAAGGAUCAGUUGCGGGACGUGGACGAGCUCCGAGCGGCGAGAGACACAGCACUGAACGCCGCCAAAGAGAACGAACGCAAACUCAAGAGUCUGGAGGCUGAAAACAUGCAGCUACAUGAGGACCUGUCUGCAGCUGAUCGCAGUAAGAAGCAGAUCCAGCAGGAGAGAGACGAGAUGCAUGAUGAAGUCACCAGCUCCAACUCCAAGAUGUCUGGGCUGAUGGAAGAGAAGCGGAGGUUGGAGGCUCGCAUCGCUCAGCUGGAGGAAGAACUGGAGGAGGAGCAGGGCAGCAUCGAUCUCGUUAAUGAGCAACUAAAGAAAGCUAAUGCACAGGUGGACACUCUGAGCACAGAGCUAGCAGGCGAGCGCAGCACGGCUCAGAAGAGCGAGACGGCUCGACAGCAGCUGGAGAGACAGAAUAAGGACCUGAAGGCCAAACUGCAGGAGCUCGAAGGCUCGGUCAAAUCCAAGUUCAAGUCCACUAUCGCCGCCCUGGAGGCCAAAAUCCUGCAGCUGGAGGAACAGCUGGAGCAGGAGUCUAAGGAUAAGCAGCAGACUGCGAAGUCGGUGCGUCGUAUGGAGAAGAAGGUGAAGGAGGUUCUGCUGCAGGUGGAGGAGGAGAGACGGAACAGUGAUCAGUUUAAAGACCAGAUGGAGAAGGCCAACUCUCGUAUGAAGCAGCUGAAGCGUCAGUUGGAGGAGGCGGAGGAAGAAGCGACGCGCGCUAACGCCUCCCGCAGGAAGUUACAGAGAGAGCUGGAGGACGCCACGGAGGCUAGCGAUGCCAUGAACCGUGAAGUCAGCACACUGAAGAGCAAACUCAGGCGCGGCGGUGAUUUUCCCAUCAACGUUCGCCGUGUGGUCCGUGGAGGGUUGGACAGCGAGGAGGACAUGGACGUGUCCAGCGAGGCAUCGGAGACCACACCUGAGUAACAACCUGAGCCAACAGCCAAUCAGAUCGCUCCAGACCAGUAUGGCCAGUAUGGCCUUUAUUCCUGCUUUAGUCCUAAUUUUCACAUGGUCAGAAGAGAGUUGCCAGAUUAUUUAAUACUCCCUCCUCCGCAGUUUGCUUAACGACCCUUUAAACGCUUGAGUCUAGCUGUGUAGUGACUUUCCACUUCUUUAAAAACCACCUGUACUGGUGCAGACCGUGGUCUAGUCUCACACUUAUCUUUAUCCACACCACUUAAUUCAUGGCACAAUUUUGUUUUUUUUAUUUCUUCAUUUUGCUCUAAGAGUGUAUUUACAUUUUCACAUAAUCACUUUUUACUCACCAGUAUAGCAUUGCACUUGAUUACAUUUAUCUUGUUUGUCUGGUUAUUAGGAAAUGGAAUAAAUUACUAGAUUUGAUCAGACUGGGAUCCACCCUGCACACGGUUUACUGUAAGCUCCUGGGUUGAGGGACCGAGGGGUGCCAGAAUAAAAUCACUCCGUUAGUCAUUUUGUUACACUGGGUUGCCAGAUUUCAUGUGAAACUGUUCAUGCUGUUGUAUGUUAACACUUAACACGUGUGUAUCCCUUUACAUUAAAAUGCUCUGCUUUAUCGAUUUAGCACUUUUUUUUUUUUUUUUUCUUUUUAGAUUUACACUUGAGUUCUGCUGUAUUGUUACCCACCUAAGCGAUUCAUGGACAAGGCGUUCACACUCACGUGUGGACUUUCUAAUGUGUAUAAUCACUCUGUAUACCUUCUAUUUCUCUCAGUCUUGAUUUGUCACCUCUCGACUGUAGAGAUCUUGUGCUCGUUCCCGACACCAGCUCCUGUGACUCCGUCCAGCUCCAUGUGUCAAACAUUCUCACUGCUUUUUUUUUUAAUGGCACUUUUUGUACCUUUUGCAGCCUUUUGCAUUUUUAUAUCGCAAUAAAAAUUUUCCGUGAAACAACAAAAUGUGCAGUGUCU